UCAUUUUCCUUUCUCUCACCAGAAAGAAAGGUCUUCAGACAUUUUUCUAGAGCUAGUCAUGGCACAUGACACAGCGUCUCUCGAAGAAACCUCCGUGGUCAAGUUCAAGAACCAGGACUUUAGAUUCUUACGGGAUCGUUGCCUGAGCAGGGGUCAGCUGUUUAUAGAUGACACAUUCCCUGCUGAGGCAUCUUCCAUUGGCCAGAAACUGCUCAUGGGAAAGCGCCUUCCAAAAUUGGAGUGGAAGCGACCACAGGAUUUAUCCUUCGGCCCCCCUUACUUCAUUCUGGAAGGUGUAAGCAGAUUUGACAUCCAACAAGGAAGAGCGGGAGACUGCUGGUUCCUGGCAGCACUGGGUUCUCUGACCCAGAACCCACAGUGUCUGCAGAAGAUCCUGAUGAACCAAAGCUUUUCGUACCAGUACGCUGGGAUUUUCCACUUCCGGUUCUGGCAGUGUGGUCAGUGGGUGGAAGUAGUCAUCGAUGACCGCUUGCCUGUCGUAGGCAACAACUUCUGCUUUGUGCAUCCUCGCAGAGGCAACCAAGAAUUCUGGCCCUGCCUGAUGGAGAAAGCCUAUGCCAAGCUGCUAGGCUCGUAUUCCCAAUUACACUAUGGCUACCUUCCUGAUGCGCUGGUGGACCUCACAGGAGGAGUGGUCACCAGGAUCAACCUGCACUCCUCUCCCUCUGACCUACUGAUGGUAGUGAAGACCGCAGUCCAGACCGGCUCAAUGGUGGCCUGUGCCACCCCAAAGUGGCUGACAGAAGAGUCCGAGGUUAUGGAGAAUGGGCUGGUGAGCCAGCAUGCAUACACAGUGACUGGAGCUGAGAAGAUUCAGUACCGGAGGGGCUGGGAAGAAAUCAUCCGCCUUUGGAACCCCUGGGGCAACACAGAAUGGAGAGGCCGCUGGGGAGAUGGGUCCCAGGAGUGGUGGGAAAUCCAUGACUCACGGAAAAGCCAGCUGUACGAGAAUAAGGAUGACGGCGAGUUUUGGAUGUCCUGUCGAGAUUUCCAUGAGAACUUCUCGUGCCUGUACAUAUGUAGCCAGUUCCCGAUCACUAUGGAUCCUGGAGUCACACCCAAUGAGAGCUGGCGACAAAUGAGGUUUAAGAACCAAGUGAUCUCAGGAAACACAGCAGGAGGAGAUGGAAGAGAUGUACAGUACCUCUUUGAUGUUCAAGAGCCCAUGGAUGGUAACAAUGUCAUUGUGGCUUUCACAGUCAUGCCACAAAGCCUGAAGACAGAAGAGUGGCCAUUUCCACUACAGUUCCAGGUGUUCAAGGUCGAUUCCCAGUUCCAGAAGUUCCAGAAAAGACUGCCACCUGCAUUUUUCUCCCAAUUCAGAGAUGCUGCCCAGGGAAUAGACUAUGUAACCAAACGCAACUUCACAAAGUCCUUCCACCUGAGUCCUGGGACCUAUGUAGUAGUUGCCUCAGCACACGGGAAAGAAGUGGAGUUCCUGCUCCGAAUAUUCCUCAAAAUGCCACGCAAGGACAGGAAUCCAAACAGCAGUUUCAACCUCAAAGCCCUCAAGGGAAGUCUUUCAGAAAACGAAUCCCCAAAAAGCAGUUUCCACAGAUAUAUGGAUCAGGGGCUAGACAUUGAUGCCAGCCAACUUCAGAGCCUUCUCAACCAGGAGUACCUAAUAGGGCCCCCAGGGGACACUUUCUCCUUGGACCAAUGCCAAAGCAUCAUGGCACUGAUGGAUCUGAAAGUGAAUGGGCGGCUGGAUCGGGAGGAGUUUGCAAGACUACAGAAUCGCCUGAUCCGCUGCCAGCAUGUUUUCCAGAACAUCCAGAGGAGCCAAGGGGUUCUCCGCAGCUCGGACUUAUGGGAGGUCAUAGAGAGUACAGACUUCCUUUCAGGAGUCCUCCUCAGCAAGGAGCUGCUGAGUCGCAUGACACUCAGGUACAGCGAUAGCUCUGGCCGGCUCAGCUUCCCCAGUCUUGUCUGCUUCCUGAUACGGUUGGAAACCAUGUCAAAGGCAUUCCGCAACCUCUCCAAGGAUGGCAAAGGCAUCUACCUGACAGAAAUGGAGUGGAUGAACCUGGUCAUGUACAGCUAAAGUGUGAAAUGCAGCAGAGCCCUCUGGACCAGGACAAGCUCCUGGUGGUCACCUGAGGAAACAGCUUUCUCCGUGGAGUUGUACCAACCCAAUGGCAGGUCUGCAGCUAAACCUGGUAUUUGAAAUGGAGUCAAAAGCACCUGUGAAGAGGCUAAGUGGAGGUCUUAGCUGAGGCAGGCUCUGGGAAACCCAAGGUCAUAGGUCACCAGAGCACUUUCUGACGUCAGUAGGCACUUGCAGGAAAACAAAACAGGAAGUGUCCACUCCCACUCCUGAGAGGAAGCAGGAAGAAACUGACAUUCCAUCCCCUCUCACACGAUCAAUCACUGGAUCCAUUUAUUGUGAAAAAAAAAAACAAAAACAAAAAAAACCAGUCUGAUCCAGUUUAUGCACCCCCAGGAUUGGUCUAAUCAGUGUCAUUUGCCAAAAAUUCACAUGCUUGUGUAUCUGCACCCAAGUUGUUUCACAGAUAAAUGGCAAAAUAAAAUUUAUUUCUAAAAAAAAAAAAAA